AUGGGGUUCCAGUCCAAGUCCGAGCAACAUGGUGAGUCUGAUGCCUCGAGCUUGAGCAGUGGUGACCUGCAAUACACUGCUCAAGCCGGGGCCAACUCCUCUGUGCCAACCUACCAAGAAGCCAGCGGGGCGCCGGUCGAAAUCAACUCACCGUUGGGAUACUCGGUGGGUUGGAUUACUGUCGUCUUUCUCAAUCUCAGUAAGAUGAUCGGAACCGGUGUCUUUUCUACCCCAUCAACUGUCCUCAAAGGCGCCGGGUCCGUUGGCCUGGCAUUGUUCUACUGGGUCAUUGGAUUCCUCAUGGCCGGCAGCUCACUGGCCGUCUACCUGGAGUUCUCGUCCUAUUUCCCCAGUCGGUCCGGCUCAGAGGUCGUCUAUCUUGAACAGGCGUAUCCGCGACCAAAGUACUUCCUUCCGACUGUUUUUGCAAUGCAAUCGGUGUUGUUCUCGUUUAGCAGUAGUAAUGCGAUUGGUAUGUGCACCGGUUCCUGGGAGAAUAUAUCUGACCGAUUAGUCCUCGCGCAGUAUCUUUUCCGACUUGCGGAGGCGCAGUCCACACCGUGGAAGCUCAAGGGCGUUGCUGUCGCUUCCAUUGGUAUCACCGGCCUAGUUGUCCUUGGGGGACACACCAAGACCGAAGAUCCCAAGGCCAAUUUUCGCGACGCCUUUGCGGGUAGUUCCUCUGCCUCGGUGUAUGGUGCCACAAACGCCCUGGUCAAGGUGGCCUUCUCGUACGCGGGAUUCGAAAAUGCGUUCAACGUGGUGAACGAAGUCAAGAAUCCUGUCAAAACGUUGCGAUGGAGCGCGCCGCUCUCCCUCCUGCUCGUAGCAACCCUAUACAUGCUCGCCAACAUCGCCUAUUUCUCCGCCGCAUCAAAGGAAGAGAUCCUCGGCUCAAAGGUCGUGGCGGCGAGUAUCUUCUUCCAGAAAGUCUUCGGCACGAGCAGCGCGUCACGAGCCCUGAACUUCUUGAUCUGUCUCAGCGCAUUCGGGAACCUGCUUGCCGUUCUUAUCGGGCAGUCCCGUCUCCUCCGAGAAUGCGGAAGACAAGGAGUCCUCCCGUUCACCAAGUUCUGGACCUCGACCCGUCCAUUCGGCACGCCGCUUGGGCCCUACGCGCUGAAAUGGGCCUUGACCGUCCUCAUGAUUCUAGCUCCACCAGCCGGUGACGCCUUCAAUUUUGUCGUCGACCUGGGCGUCUACCCCACCAAUGCAUUCGCCUUAUUCCUCGCCAUUGGACUAUUGCUCACCCGUCGUCACCGUACACGGCACAACAUUCCACCUUCUGGGUACAAGGCGUGGAACGUGGUCGUCGGCUUUUCCAUCCUCUCGAAUCUGUACAUGGUGGUUGCGCCGUGGUAUCCGCCCGCGACGGGGGCGAAGGGAGGGGAUGUGAGUUUCUGGUAUGCGACGUACUGCGUCGUGGGGUUGGGAAUUAUCGGGCUCUGUGGGGUGUAUUACUACGUCUAUAUCAAGGUGUUGCCGCGGCUUGGCGGGUAUGCGUUCCGGCAGAUUGUCCUGCAAAUGGAGGACGGGGCGACGGCGCAUAAAUUGGUCAAGGUUCCGAAGGAGCAGUUGAAGGCAUGGGAUGCCGAACAUGAUGCUACGGGGAGAGAGCGAGCGAAGGAUGAGGCCGUUAGUACAGCUGUUGAUGUCAAGCAUGAUGGCGUCUAG